AUGCAUUAUGGGACGGAGGCGGAUGUUUCUUUCCAAUCGCUCACUCCACCGUACAGGAAUCCUCCAGGCCACAGAAAGCAGUAUUGCGCGCUUUUCAUUGCCGCCUAAUAUUUUUGAACAUAUUACGAACUAAUAAAUGAACUAGACAACAAACUACUUUGAAGAUAAUUCUAAUUAAACAAGCAAUCACCGUGGGAAACGAAACAUUUUGUUGCUUAACGUUAGCUACAUGUAUUAAUGAAUAAUGCCUAAUUUUUGUGCGGCCCCAAAUUGCACUAGGAAAAGCACACAAUCGGACUUGGCUUUUUUUAGGUUUCCUAGAGACCCGGAAAGAUGCCAGCUGUGGGUGGAGAACUGCCGUCGAGCUGACUUGGAGGACAAAACGGCCGACCAGUUGAACAAACACUACAGAUUGUGUGCCAAACACUUUGAACCAGCUAUGAUCUGCAAAACUAGCCCUUACAGGACAGUGCUGAAAGACACUGCCAUUCCAACCAUAUUCGAUUUAACCAGCCACCUCAAUAAUCCACACAGCAGGCACCGGAAGCGGAUUAAAGAGCUGACAGAAGAGGACAUAAGGAGGAUCAAAGAGAGGAGAUUGGAAGCGUCUCGUGAGAAGUCUCAAAACAAAGAGAACGAAGUGAGCGAGGGCCAAGAUGGCAGCGCUGAUAAGGACGACGGGCCGGCCCUCACCCCUGAGGAGAAGGAGCUGCGGGACUACCUGAAGUCGCUGUUCGAGAUCAUCGUCGUGAUCGGGAAGCAGAACAUCCCGCUCUAUGGCCACAUGGAGGUAGGGGAGGAGGGGGAGUGCUUCACCCCCAGCAACUUUCAGGCCCUCCUGGAGUAUCGCAUCAACGCCGGGGACGAGGUCCUGCGAAAGAGGUUCGAGAUGACCGCCGUGAACGCCGAGUACUGCCCCUCCGACCAGCAGAGGAAGAUCCUGGAGGUCUGCGAGGGCUGCAUUCAGGAGGAGGUCCUGCAGGAGGUGCGCGAGGCCCACUUCUUCUCCCUGGUAACGGGCGACUUGACGGAGUUCCCCGAUGGGCCCCAUGUCCCGCUCUUCCUGCGCUUCGUGGACAAGUCCCACGUCCUGCGGGAGGAGUUCGUCGAGUUCCUGCCCUUCGAGGGUGACGACGAGGCCCUGACCCAGAGGCUGGAGGCCCAGGUCAACGAGAAGUGGGGGCUGAACAUGGAGCACUGCCGCGGGCAGGCUCACAACAGCUCGGGGGUGUUCGCCUGCAAGAUGAAGGCCAUCACCAGCAGGCUGAUGGAGAAGUACCCCCUGGCCGUGUACACGCCCUGCUCGACGUGCGCCCUCAAUGUUUACCUGGCCAACAAUUUGCUCCUGACAGGAGUGCAGGUCGUCAUGUCCACCUUGAGAAGGAUAGGCUUGUUCUUCAGCAAAUUGCCCCAGCUGCAGGCAGAGCUAGAGCAUGCCAUCUCCAUCUUUUACCAAGGCAAUGAGGAGAAGGCCAAUGACCUCAAAGAGAUCUGCCGCAGCAACUGGACAGAGAGGCACGAUCUGUUUGAGCUGGCGGUGGACUUGCUGGAGUCUCUCCUGCUCUGCAUGGACUGCAUCCAUGACAACGAAGACCAGAAGUGGAGCGACCAGAUCGUCAACGAUGCCUACGUGAUCUCGGAAUCGCUCGCGGACUUUGAGUUUGUUGUGACGCUGGUCGUUCUGAAGAAUGCCCUGUCGUUCACCAGGGCGUUCGGCAAGAAUCUGCAAGGGCCGACCUUGGACGUGUUCUUCGCUGCCAACAGCCUGACCGCAGUCCUCCAUUCUCUUAAUGAGGUCAUGGACAAUAUUGAGGUCUACCACGAGUUCUGGUUCGAGGAAGCCGUCAACCUGGCUGCCGCCAUGGAGAUCCCCGUGAGGAUCCCCAGGCUGUUCCUCCGGAAGCAGCGGACCGAGGCCGGCGUGGAGAUCCAGCCCGAGAGCUACUUCAAGGAGUACCUGACCGUGCCGCUGGUGGGACACGUUAUCCAGGAGCUGAAGGACGUCUUCUCCGAGAACCACCUGAAAGCCCUCAAGUGUCUGUCGCUCGUCCCCGCCGUCAUGGGUCAGCUGAAGUUCAACGCGUCGGAGGAGAGCAACGCGGACCUGUACAGGAACGACCUCCCGAACCCCGACACGCUGCCCGCUGAGCUCCACUGCUGGAGGAUCAAGUGGAAACACAGGGGCAAGGAGAUCAGCCUGCCCUCCACCAUCCGCGACACCAUGCAGCUGGCCGAGGUAAAGUUCUUCCCCAACGUCUACGCUUUCCUCAAGGUCCUGUGCACUCUGCCGGUCCUGAAGCUGGAGAACGCCAAGUGCGAGGCGGCCUGGAAGCGCACGAGAGCGUACCUGGCGGACACGCCCGUGAAUCACCGCUCGAAGAGCCUGGCGGUGCUCAACAUCAACUAUGACGUCAAGCACGACUUGGACAUGAUGGUGGACACCUACAUUAAAAUGCACCCGGAGCAAGAGAGUGAGUCGCUUGUAUGAAAUCGCCAUGGUGAACUGUGUGCAGAUUUGAAUACCUUCACUCAGAGGGUGUCAGAAUGGUCCCGUUGAGAAAGGACAGCAGCAUUGGAACAUAUGUAUAUGGCAUUUUUCUUUGCACUAGUUGGUUGUAUGUAAAUUUGAAGUGGUCACUGAAUAUUCUUCUGGAGGUUUUACCAAAUGUGUUUUCUAUGAUAAUAUUUUCCCUUAUUGCCAUUUGGUAUUGGUCAAGUUUUGGACAUUUUCCAUCAUUGCAUCUGCUUUGAUUUUCUGCCCUUGCCAUAGUUUUUAUUAAAGUGUACAGAAAAAAUCGUUAUGAGUUGUGUGGGACCAGUACCAUAACAAUUAUCUGUGUAUUGACAGAGACAUGAAACUGUCAAUCAGCAGUUUCAUGCUGUUGUUUAUGAUUACAAUAAAUGUUUUUUUCUCCAGGUAAAAGUCUUUUAUGGUAAAAGUCAACACAUGGCUAUUUUCAACACUGCUAAAAAUGUAACCUUUUCAUUUUGAGUGGAAAGUUGAAGGCAUUAUGUGCGAUCUUACUCUAAAUAAAAUGUAAAACACA